UUCUCCUUCGUCUCGCUCGCUCUUUUCCUACUACACGACGAGCGGUGCUCAAGUUUCUUGAAUGGCGACGACGGAGAUGCAGAAACCCAAGGAGGCAGAACUCCACGAACCGAUAUCCAAAAAAACCCUAGAGACAGCUGCUCUCCAGCCGUCUCUCACAGAACGUCUUGAUGAAUCCGCCAAUCCAUCUACUGGGCCUUCUGAUACUGCAACAGAUGAUACCAAGAAGGAAGGAGAAGAAUCGAAGGAAAUAGGGUCUGAGAAAACCGAAGCCACGAUGGCCUCUGCGGGAGCUGCCGCCGCUCCCGUAUCCGAUCUUGACAAAAAGAUGCGUCGUGCUGAGCGUUUCGGGGUGUCGGUGCAACUCUCUGAAGAAGAAAAGCGGAACUCUCGAGCUGAAAGGUUUGGCACUGCGCCCAUCCCGCAUGGAUCAAAUGUGGGACAAAAAUCAGAGGAACAGAAGAGGAAGGCUAGGGCAGAAAGGUUUGGGCUUCCAUCAGAGUCUCCGGCCGAUGAGGAUUCAAAAAAGAAAGCUCGUUUAGCCAGAUUUGCUAUAGUUUCAAAGAUGGAUAAUUUAGAAGAAGAGAAAAAAAAGGCAAGAGCAAUUAGAUUUUCACAACCUCAAUCUGGUGCGUCAUCAAAAGUUAAUGGGAGCGCCAACUCUGAACAGAAGACGGAUAUUGAGGGUAAAGCCCAUGGAGGGACUUGACAUCGGUGUCUUUAUUUAACAAUAUAAUCUUCUAACUUUUUUGUAAUUACCUUGGAGGCUUCUAAGCCCAUGUUAACUUUUGCAUAUAUCGACUUGCAAAUGACUAAGGUUGCAGCUCAGCUAGUUCACAUGUACCAUUCUACAAGGAUGGAGCAAAUUUCAGGCGGCAUGGAGAUACUCUCUCUAUGAUAGUUUCCAGAUGUAUUUUUGACGUGGGCGCAUG